AUGGUGAUGGUUAUCGAUUUUCCAAAAACCAACGCAGGUACUUACAUUCAUAUUAUUUAUGUUAUAAUGUAUUUAAAAUCAAAAUUGUACUUUUGUUUUAUACAUAUAUUGUGAAACAUACUUAAACGAAUUAUUAUAAUGUGUAGGAUAUAAAUCAAACGGAGCAAUAACUAAUAUCGGUAAGGUUUAAAAAUUUCAAUUAAGUACCUGCUGGUCUACACUAAUUGGGCCGCCAUAAGGAAUGGUCAGCUAAGGAACUAAAAAAAUAUCUUUAAGAUUCGUUUAAAUACCCUUUCAAUUUAAACUUAAAUUAGAUAUUUUUACUUGUUAUUUUAUGUUAAAAUACCUAGUAAAUCACAAUAAUAUACAUAAUGAUGAAUUAUUAUUUGUUUGUUUUUUUAUCAUUCAUUUAUUUAUUACAUAAUUUAUAUUAUUCAAGAAAUACAAUGGAAAUGAAGCAAUAGUCCCAGUUUUUAUUUAAAAUUUUAAUCGAUGUUGACUUGUGAUUUUAAUGAUAAUUUUUCAAUAAACUUAUAGAUAAUAGAUAUAACUUAAUAACUUGUAGAUAUAACAAAACUCUAUAAAUUCAAAUAAUUACUAUUUUUUGUAAGCUGUGUAAUAAAUGAAGUUUUGAAAUUUUUUUUUUCUUUAUCAUAGGCUCUUUUAAAUUAGACGAGAACACUAAAAUCGAAAUUCAUUCAGUUGAUUCACUCACUUCAGAAAUAGAUCAACCUGUUCAAUAUUUACUAACACUCAUGAACCACCCGUUCUCAGACAUAUUAGACGAUGAAGAAACAUGGAAUGAUUACAUUAAAAAAGGGAAGUUAUUAUUAUCAUCCAAAUAA